AUGUAAUAAGCUUGUAAUAACUUUAUUGCAGAUCCCACCGAUACUAGUUUUGGAUUCUAAAUAAAAUGCAAAAAUUGCUAAUUUACUAGAAAAUAACACAUUCAAAGUGAUUUUCUUAUUUUAAUUUAGAUAAUAAUGUUAAGCCAAAUCCAUAACCUAAUAUAGGCACAACAAAUUCUAAGCAAUAAGGCAAACUUGUUAAUUUGGUAGAGAAUGUUGUUCAAAAUCCUUAAAGUUAAGUGGGUAUGUAUGGAUCAUUAAAUUAAUAAAAAGAUAUUUCAACAAUAAAAUCUAAUGAAUAAAAUGAUUUCAAGAAAACAACAAGUUUAAAUUCAAAGUAAGAUGAAAAAGAUGAAUCAGAUUUAAUAACUAAUAAUUAACUAAAAUUUGAGAGAUAAAAUUUAUAGAUAUAUAAUUCAGAAAAAGCUAAUCCACAAGUUUAAGAAUAAGUAAAUAAAGCCAAUCAAUAAAUAAAGGAAUAGAAUUCAUAGGGAUAACCAUUAAAUCCUUCUGUUUAAUAAGAUUCAAAUUCUCCUUAGAAAGUUGAAUAAAUAUAGAAUCAAAACGAAAUCAAACAAAAUGAACCAUAAGAAUAAAAGCCAAAUAUAAUAUAAUCAAAUCCUUUUAUUUAAUAAAAUAAAAAUUCUCCUCAGAAAUUGGAAUAAAAAUCUAAUAUUACUCAGCCAUUUUAAAUUAAACCUUAAGUUUAAUUAAUUAAGGAUUAAUAAGAUUAAUAAUAAACCAUAAAUUAAUCAUAAAACUAACCUUAAACUUAAAUUGAAUAGAAUAUUAAACCAUAAACAAUAAAUCCUUAAAUUAAAAAUGAAUAAACUAUAAAACCUUAAGGUAAUUUAUUAAUUCCAUAGGCCAACUAAAAUACUAAUUAAUCUGUUUAAGUAAGAGUUUAUUUUAUUUAAAGUCAGUAAAAGAGAGAGCAAAAGGAAUGUAAAUCUUUGGAUUUGGAGCUCCUCCUCCAAUUAAAAUAUCUUAAAAAUCAGAUUAGGAAAGGCCACUUGAAUCAUAUUUAAUAGACAGACCAAUUGUAUAAAAUAAAAAACAUCAACGAACCUAAUAAGACUUUUAGAAUAUUCAAAAAUGA